AUGCUCUCCUAUUUCGGCUGGGGCUCAAAGUCCACUUCCACCCCCUCAGAACAACAGCAACAACCUCAACCUCAAAAUGACCCAAUCCCGCCCCCGCCCCAGCAACAACUCCAACAACAAAGACAGCCCCCAUCCGGCAUCCCGACAAGCCUCAAGCUCCUUGCCGGUGGCAUGACCUUCUUCGCCUUCUCCCUGCUCAUCACCCGCCGCUCAAUGAACAAGAAACGUCUCGCCUCGAUCCCGCCCUACUACACCGGCGCGAUGUACCACAAGCCCAACGUCAACGGGGCAAUGGAGGCAUUCGAGGCGCUGAACCUGGCUACAAUUAACGUCAUGUCUUUCGGGAUGAUGUUCGCCGGGGGUGUGCUUUAUAAGUUGGAUAUUAAUGGGAUUGAAGACGCGCGCACGUAUGUGCGGGCUGGGUUGGGAGGUGGUGAUGGGCCGGUUAAGUCGGAUGAGGAGCUGGAGCAGGAUAUCGGGGAGUGGAUUAUGAGUGUUAUGGGGAAGAAGGCGCAGAAGGAGUUUUUGGAGAAGAAGGCUGAGUUUGAGAGGCAGAAGCAGGAAAGAGAGAAUAGUGUUGAUGAGAAGUAG